GAAGAAGUCAAGAGUUCAUUUAUAAAAAUGUAUUUCUUCGUUUGUUUCGCCCUUCUUGCUGCGGUAUCGAAUGCCGUAGAGGUAGUAUCAAAUGGUGCGUUGGGAGAAGAUGUGUGCAAGGAGUACAAUGCGUACUACAAGAUUAAGGGCAGCUGCGACUCCUACGUGGAGUGCAACGAGUUCAAGGCGACGCAAAAGACGUGUCCCGAUGGUCUGUACUUCAUCCGCGAUGUCCAAUGGCCUUCGUACCCGUGCGCGUACCCGUCUGACGCGAAGUGCGAAUACAACGACCAGCCUCAGCGAGCCGUGUCAUCGGCGGAUUGCAAAACCCGGUAUGGGUUCUUCGCGUCACCACUAGCAACCCGCUCCGAUUGCGGCAAGUACCGCAUGUGCGUCGAGGGCAAGGCCUUCGAGAUGGAGUGCGCGAUGGGCCUGGCCUUCAACCCCGAGAGCGGCCGCUGCGACUGGCCCGACCUCGUGCCGAGCUGCAGCGCUGAGGAGUUCCUCGGCUUCAAGUGCCCGCCGGCGACCUAUGACGAGUUCGGCAAGGCGUAUGUAGUGAACUUCAGCAUCAAGGGAAGCUGCCACUACUUCUUCUCGUGCAUGGAGGACGUUGCGCGGCUGCUCGUGUGUGAUAGCGGGUUCGCUUUCGACGCCACCGUCAACCACUGCGUCGACGCUACCAAAGUUCAAUGCAAGGAAGAAUGAAAAAAUAAAGCAUUAAAAUAUU